UGAUCAGCUGUGUCCAAUCACAGCUGAUCACAUGUAAACAGGGAAAUGCCGGUUAUCGGCAUUUCUCUCCUCUCGAGCUGUCACGCUGACAGCUCAGGACAUGUACACUGAUGAUCAGGGCACUGAUGAUCAGUGUGCCCUGAUGAUCAGUGUAGCCCCAGCAGUGCCACCUGUCAGUGUCCAUCAGUGCCUUGUGUCAGUGCUCAUCAGUGCCUCGUGCCAGUGCCCAUCAGUGCCACAUCAAUGCCACAUAUCAGUGCCUACCAGUGCACAUCAAUGACACAUAUCAGUGCCCAUCUGAGCUGCCUUUCAGUGUCACCCAUCACAGCCAGUCAGUGCCACCUAUCAAUGCCAAUCAGUGCCACCUAUCAGUGCAGCCUAUCAGUGCCAGUCAGUGCCACCUAUCAGUGCGCAUCAGUGCCGCCUAUCAGUGCCUGUCAGUGCCGCCAAUCAGUGCCAUAUAUCAGU